ACCAAACAAAUAUGGCAUAGCGAUAUCAUGCGACCAUCACGUAUAAAACUAUUAAUUCUGUGUUGCUGGAAACAAACAUUUCGAUAAUGCUUGUUCUGACUUUGAACUCUAUGGACGAGGACAAACGUUUAAAGUGCUUAUAGCAUAAAGCAAGGCGUUAUUUUAAACCACGGAUUUCUCUGAGGUGUGUGUAUAGGAGAGUUAUCGCACGUCUGGUCGGGCAUGAUUGUAUUGGCUUUUAUUUUCGUCUUUCUACUAUCAGAGGUAGAUUAUACUGCAGGUGAGAAGAACACGUAUUGUUUUGACUUAGCUAUUGAUUUUUGAGCACAUUUUAAGCACACGCCGCCUAUAGUCUGGUGAAAAUGAUUUAAUAAUCACGGACGAAAAUUGGGGUAUUUUAGACUCUGGACAUUUCAGCGGGUAUCUUCCCAACAUCGUUUUCUAGACUUCAAAGCUUUUACCAGUUCAAAGUGAUAUCAUAGCUAAGUGAAUUUUCCGAUUCGGUUUAAGGUAAAUUACAUGUAACCUUUCCUCUUACAGUUUUCUACUUCUUUAAACCCACACAAAAUAUUAAGGUCACGCGCUGUUAAACAGCUUUGCCCCCGGAAGAGAUUCCGAGAUUCCUCUAUCAAACAAUGGACCGAGUGAGACAAUAAAAAAGAGGAAUCGAAUUCUCUGAUAAAAGAUUGAUCUCAACAGCUUAAACUUGCUCCUCAAGAAAAUAUGCGUUUUAACUUAACCAAAAAUUUCAUCAGAUAAUCUUGAAAAUGUUGUUCGUUUCAACCGAUCUUUGCCCUGAGUUGGCACGGUUUUUUGUCUGUGUCAGUGUUGUUGCGUUACUUUCCAUUUCUUGACCCAAAAAUAGUCACAUUGAAGGAGGGCUAAAGUCGUUUUAGCACAGGUUUACCAACCUGUCUUGCAUAAACGACUAUGUGUGGGUUAUGUAAUAUUUAUGCAAAAAAAAAGUCAACCUCGUCCCCAGUGUAUCUCUGCUGUCUAUCCUCUAUCACACACUACAGGAUGGGAGAGGAAUGAAAUGGGAAUAAGGCUGGUGAAAGAUUGUGAUAUGUUCCUGGGCCCAGUUGUUCAAAGGCCGAUUAGCGCUUAACCAAGGGUUAGAUUUAACCUGGGUUUCUUUUUCUUUUGGUCAAAAGCAUUUUCUCAGAUAAUUUUCUCUGUUAUUUUUUAGAGCAUCCAAUUAUCAACUUGUUGACAAAAAGAAUUAAACUGAAUUUACUUUUUAAGCUUUCAUAUCUGAAUUCAAAUUUCGUACUAACCCUGGGUUAUCUUAACCCAGCUUUGAACAGCUCGGCCCUGCUGUUUAGUGUAUGUUUUGUUGUUUUAUCACUCUCUAUCUGUACCUGCAACUAGUGCCAAACUAACUGAAUACUUAAGAAAUCCUUUAUUUCAAGACAUUGUCUUAUACUGUGAUCUGUGCAACUGCAGGGGUCAAGUCUCCAGAAAGACCAGUUGUACCAAAUGUCACAGCUAUCAGUUCAACGGAGAUACGGAUCACAUGGUGCCGAGUGCACUCCAACAAAGUAGAGAUUGAUCACUAUGAACUGUUCAUAGACACUGAGCUGGAGUAUUCGGGAGUGGAUGUCAUGUACAUUGCCAAGCGUCUGAAACCUUGGUCAGGGUACGAAGUCAAAUUGAGGGCAUGUGGGGUAUCCCCUGGAGCUUGUUCUCCUUUCUCAAGACCUGCUCUUGUCAUGACUUUGAGAGACGGUAAGUUAAAAGUCCACCACUUUCUUAUUUUCAAGUCUCUCCAAUCCCCUUUAAGAGGUUGUAAAAGUUCAAUAACAUAUGUGCUGCGUUCAUUCUCAAAGCCUGCUUUAGACAAGAUCUGUGAUAUUGGUAUUAAUGAAUAAAAAUAAUAUUAUUAAUUUAUAAUUUCAGGAGACAACACCACUACAGUGAUUCAGUCUGGUGUGACAAUAUUCAAGGUCAUUGUAGUACCUACAUACACGUUCAUACUUGGAAUGAUAGCAGGAGUGUUGGCCAUUUCAUUUGUUCUUAUAUGGAGGUAAUUCUUUGUUACAUACUCUAUUUAACAAUGCAGUGUACCCACUAAUUAGCAAAGGACUGUAAAGAAAAAGAAACUCAACAAGCAAGCAACAAAUUAUAUAAUAGACCUUCUUUCCUCAAAAACACAACAGACUAAAGGAUUCUAGUAGUUAUAGUAAAAAAAAACCUCAUUAAGCAAAUGCAACGAUUAGAGUUACCACAGUUAUAGCAAGUUUGAUGUUUUAUUUUCAUUUACAUAAGGUAUCUGCAAUCGGUAGACCUGUCUGGGGAAUCAGCCUUUGAACUGCCGCAGUUUCAGACAGAAGCAACCAAAGAUGAUUAUGAUGCAAUUCUGAAACAUCAGCCACCUGGCAAUCAUCUUUGGUGCAGUUUGGAGAGCACUUCUCAUCUGGCAAAAGCUUCUAAUGUGGACAGUGUGGAGUCACAUUACCUGGAAAUAGCACCUAACAAAGAAACUCCCAGGCAACAAAACUGUCUGGUGAUCAAAGACUUGAUUUUACCAAGGUUCUAUUCAAUUAAUUCAACCUGUGAAAGUGACAGGCUCCCUCCUAAAGAACAACAAUCAUUCCAUGUGUCGAGAGAACAACUGGAUGAAACUUGUGAAGAAUACACCCAGAUUGGAAAACUGGAAGGAGAAGCAUCUCCUUUGAAUGACUUCAACAGAAGCGAGAACAAACAAGAAUUACAGAAUGGCAUAGACAAGGAUCAUGUCCAAUUCCGUGAUAGAACAACAAGUUUAACAUACCGUACAUUAUCAGAUAACACUCUGACAACACCUGUACUUCACACAUACAAAAAACAAACUUUAGAAUGUUUAGAUGCCUCUAACGAAGGUGCUCCACCUUCUACUUCAACAUCUGAGGUUCAAUAUUCUGAUCAGGAAGUUCCAAAAGACUCUAAAACACACUCCUUAUUUGGAAUGGUGGUUGCCAUUGACAACAGCAAUAUUUAUAUUGGUGCUCAGGAAUGUGCCAGUAUGGUCAACACAGGAGACCGCAAGCGACAUGUGCGGGUUAAGUUGCAAAAUUUGGUUAGGAUUCUUGAAAAGGAAAGAACAAAGACCAGAGGGUUUGCAGGUGGCUCUAGUCCUCCAGCAACAGAACAUGUGUGGGAAGUUUACAGGUAGGUCAGGGCAGAUUUCAGUUAUCAAUUAAAUUGGACUGAUAUGACUGUAAACAAGUGACAAUCAUACUGUUAAACCUCAAAUAGUCGCUUCAGAUGACAUGACUGUGACUGCCUAUGUCACAUAAAUGAAAAAAGAUUCUACAGCUCAUUCACUCAGUCCAAUACUCCCACACCACAGUGGUUCCCACCAUCUAUUGUUUCAUGUUUCUUAGCAUAAUAUAAUUAUUGUUUGCAUUUUAUGAUCAGACGCUUGGGAUACAUUGUUGAUCUGGAAGAGAGAAGAGGGAAGGAUGAGCAAAGAGUAGAUGAAAGCCUUCACCUUUGGAUUUAUAAGGUGACAAAAAUUUUACUAUAAAUCUUCCUUCUGGAAACUAAUGUGCAUUUCAAAUCAAUAUGCCCCAUACAUGGCAAAGUCUCAAAGAUGUUCUAGAUCAGUAGUUCCAAAAUCCUGACCCCAAAUGGAUGGCAAACACCAUUAUAAACAUUACUACAAGUAGAGUAGCCCCAACCCCUUGAGACUGAAUGGUGAUCAUUUGAGUCAUGGCUAGAUUUUUUGACAAGCUUUAUCAACAUGCAUACACGUUACUGACUAGUUACGAACAAAGAUGUAACUCGAUGUUUUUUAUGAACCACAGGCCUUGUGUGAGCUCCCUCCUGGUGUAUUGGUACUGGCUACAGGAGAUGGAAUGAAGGGCAAAUCCGAAUGUGACACUAGUUUCCCUGGAUGUGCCAUGAAAGCACUGGAAAAAGGAUGGACUGUUGAAGUCUUUUCCUGGAGGCACAGCUUAAGCAGUGAGUGGAUCAAACUCACUAAAAAGCAUCCCGAUGCACUGACAAUCAACUACCUUGACAAGUAAGUAUAGAACAAUAUGUACUUAUAAUGAAUUCUUCCAACAUUGAAAUGAGCAAUGGUAUAACUAUUCAAAUGAAACAUCUUAAGCAUCACUUACCAUGGUACUAACUUUUGAGUCUGUGGAUGAAAUCUUAUGGUGUUGCCUUUCAAAUAAAACCUCUUUGGCAUUACUUUUACUUAGUACUAUUUAUUUUGUCAGGAUUUUACAAAACUGAAGUUUAGAAUUUUCAGCAGCUUUUCACUUUGGUCACCAUAGAGCAUACGGACUGAGGGCUUUCAACCUUAAGGUCAACCAUUUAAGAGAGCCCUCCCAGUGACAGUUACACACUACUCAACAACCUGGAUCAAAGAAAAAAAAUUAUGCUAGCUUAAUCAACAAUAAUUAGCUACCUUGCUUGAAAAAAAUGGCUCAUACACAUGUACCUUUCUCUCUGUUUUCUUUGUCAGAUACAUUAACUACAUCACAUUUGUGGAAGGGCGGAAUGGAAGGAAGUGCUCUCCACUUCCAUCUGAAGUAAAGACAGUUGAAAGUGGACCAUAA